CAGACACAUGUAUCACUUUACUGUUGGUUUAUAGUAUAUUUAUGUAUAGAUACAAAUACACAACAGUGAUUUAAGAAAAAAAUAAUCGCUUUAUGGCUGGCAGUGCGGCAAAUUUCCAAAAAAACCCGUAUCAUUACUUCUCUCCCUACUUUAUAAUGCUAAGUGUUUGUCACAAUGAUGAGAGGAGUGUUGCUGCUGCCCCACCUAUAACUGCAACAGACAACGUAAAGGGGCUGCGUUAGAAAACGCCUUCACGUUGUUAAACUUUAUUAUUUAGGACCGUGUCGCUCGGCGUGCCAGCAGUUAGCUCAGCUAGCAGAAGCUCGGCGCAUAGCAAGCCGCUUUGUUCUCACAUAACCUAUCACUGAGUUUCACCAGAGGGACAGAAAAGCACAUUUUUCUCUCCCUUGACAGUCAUGGCGUCUUCCCCUCCACACAACUUCUCCUGGGUUGAACCCAAGAAGCUGGCCGGGUUGGCCAUGCCCAGGAUGCCGAGUGAAUACCGCUACCUGCUGGACAACGGAGUCAGACACCUCGUUUGUCUGUGCGAGAGGAAACCACCGAACCACGACACCUGCCCAGAGCUGCAGCUUCACCACAUCAAGAUAGCGGACUUCACUCCUCCUUCUCCCGGUCAGAUUGAUCAAUUUCUCUCCAUCGUGGAAGGAGCCAACUCCAAAGGAGAGGGCGUGGCCGUCCACUGCAUGCACGGCCACGGCAGGACGGGCACCAUGCUGGCCUGCUACCUGGUCAAGAACAGGAAGAUGUCCGGGGCCGACGCCAUCGCAGAGAUCCGCAGGAUCCGGCCCGGCUCCAUCGAAACCCACGAACAGGAGAAGGCCGUGGUGCAGUUCUCCCAGCGCACAAAGUAGCUUUCCUAUGACGGCGAACAUGAAAUUAUGUCUGCACUGGAACUGGAUGCACUCAGUGAUUUGGAAAUGAGAUGUGGAAUUAGGGAGUGUGUGUGCUAAAAGUAUAUUCAAUUUAAAUAAAUCACUAAUUCUGAUGUUGGCGUUACUGGGACAAAGGCUUCUGGUUUUAAAGACGCACACCCUGCCUUCUUUGUUGUACUGCACCUUAGAAAGGCGCUCAUUGUUUCACAUUUUGUCACCUUUCAACCAACAACUUUUAACGUGUUUUAGUCUGAUUUUAUCGAAUUACACUUUUUGUCAUGUAAAAUUCUAUUAAAAUUCACAGAAAUCUGUGCAUGUAAUGCAACAAGAAGUUUUUAUUUUUAUUUAUUUUUUAAAUUCUGUUCAGAGGUUUUCUUUGAGAAAACUAGGAACCUUCACUUAAGCGCUCGUUGCCAGGGAGAAAAGAUGCCGACGCUCCCUUAAUGUGAGCUUCUCAGGAGCCGACGCCAUCUUGAUUUUCUCCGACGGCUUCCUGCUAACGCAAAACCACGCAGAUACUUGAAAUUAGUGGUUUCCACGGACACAAGCAAGUUGCUGUGUUUCAUGUAUAGGGUCUGAGAAUUUGUAUUACUCAGGGAUAAGUUUUUAUUUCUUAGCAUUUGUGAAUGCUGAACAUGUUCUGGACCCUAAACGUGCUUCAAAGUGUAAACUCACUCAUCUGACGCUGCUUUCAGUCCAUUUUCUCUGAGAUCUGCCAAAAACAUAAAAGAAUGCUAUUUUUGUCAUGUAAAAUAAAAUUCACUUUUGAAUGAUCCUUUAA